CACGUGCUCCAAAGCAACGAAUGAACAGUGUGAUAUCAGCAGCAGCAACCGCUUUGGCGGCCAGCUGUCGUUUUCUAAAUCUGAGGAAGCUAUCUUCCCGCCCAAUCUUUCUUUCUCUAACGGUCACACUAUAUAAAGUGUGGCCAUUACUUGCGUCACUAAUUUUCGUUCGCUAGCAUAACGAAAUGGCUCGUACUAAGCAAACUGCUCGUAAAUCCACCGGUGGAAAGGCUCCACGUAAGCAACUGGCUACCAAGGCAGCCAGGAAAAGUGCCCCAGCUACUGGCGGUGUGAAAAAACCUCAUCGUUACAGGCCUGGUACCGUUGCUCUUCGUGAAAUCAGACGUUACCAAAAAUCCACCGAACUUCUCAUCAGGAAGCUUCCUUUCCAGAGACUUGUUCGUGAAAUCGCUCAGGACUUCAAGACUGAUCUUCGUUUCCAGAGUUCUGCUGUGAUGGCUCUUCAAGAAGCCAGCGAAGCUUACUUGGUUGGUCUUUUCGAAGAUACCAACUUGUGUGCUAUCCACGCUAAGAGAGUGACCAUCAUGCCCAAGGACAUCCAGCUUGCCCGUCGUAUCCGUGGCGAGAGACAUUUCCUGCCAAUUCCAACACCUCAGCAGCCAAAUAUUCCAUUACAGCGGCCAAGUAGACUGGGGCUCCGGCACCAACACGUUGAGCAUAGUUUCCCUUACGGAGAAGACGAUGGAUACGACCGACGGGGAACUGAAGCCCGGCGCGGGAUGAACGGGUCUUGCUCUUUCCCUUUACUUUACCUCCUUUACCACGUCCAGACAUAUUCAAAGAUUGACACAACUGCUUCGAAAGGAGCCAAGAAGGCUUCCAAGGCUAAGGCCUCUCGCCCUACCGGCGACAAGAAGCGAAAGAAGAAGAGGAAGGAAAGUUAUUCCAUCUACAUCUACAAAGUAAUGAAACAAGUCCACCCCGACACUGGCAUCUCCAGCAAAGCUAUGUCCAUCAUGAACAGUUUUGUCAACGAUCUGUUCGAAAGAAUAGCCUCUGAAUCUAGCCGUUUGGCUCACUACAACAAACGUUCAACCAUCAGUAGCCGUGAGGUUCAGACUGCUGUCCGUCUUCUCCUCCCUGAUAUCGUGAUGGCUCGUACUAAGCAAACUGCUCGUAAAUCCACCGGUGGAAAGGCUCCACGUAAGCAACUGGCUACCGAGGCAACCAGGAAAAGUGCCCCAGCUACUGGCGGUGUGAAAAAACCUCAUCGUUACAGGCCCGGUACCGUUGCUCUUCGUGAAAUCAGACGUUACCAAAAAUCCACCGAACUUCUCAUAAGGAAGCUUCCUUUCCAGAGACUUGUUCGUGAAAUCGCUCAGGACUUCAAGACUGAUCUUCGUUUCCAGAGUUCUGCUGUGAUGGCUCUUCAAGAAGCUAGCGAAGCUUACUUGGUUGGUCUUUUCGAAGAUACCAACUUGUGUGCUAUCCACGCUAAGAGAGUGACCAUCAUGCCCAAGGACAUCCAGCUUGCCCGUCGUAUCCGUGGCGAGAGAUCUUGA